AUGUCUGGUCCAAACAUCACCCUUUAUACAGCACAGACCCCCAAUGGGAUCAAGAUCUCCAUCGCAUUGGAGGAGCUUGGAUUGCCCUACAAGGUCCAGAAACUCGACUUUUCCAAGAACGAGCAAAAAGAGGACUGGUUCCUCGAGAUUAACCCCAAUGGCCGUAUCCCAGCCUUGACCGACGAAUUCACAGAUGGCCAGAAGAUCCAUCUGUUCGAGUCCGGUGGUAUCAUGCAGUACCUAGUGGAACAGUACGAUACCGACCAUAAGAUCUCCUUCCCCAAGGGAACCCGCGAACAUUUUGAAAUGAACAACUGGCUGUUCUUCCAAAAUGCUGGUGUUGGUCCAAUGCAGGGCCAGGCCAAUCAUUUUGCACGAUAUGCCCCUGAGAGAAUUGAAUAUGGUGUGAACCGAUACGUCAACGAGACUCGUCGGCUUUACGGCGUACUUGACAAGCACCUUGAGAAAUCCAAGUCCGGAUAUCUGGUCGGUGACCAUGUGUCCAUUGCCGAUAUUUCACACUGGGGAUGGGUCGCCGCCGCAGGGUGGCCUGGUAUUGAUAUUGAUGAGUUUCCUAACCUGAAAGCCUGGGAGGAGCGCAUGGCACAGCGUGAAGCCACGGAGAAGGGGCGCCAUGUCCCCACCCCGCAUACCAUUAAGGAUCUUCUUAAAGAUAAGGCGGCCGUGGAGAAAUAUGCCGCUGAGAGCAAGUCAUGGAUUCAGCAAGGAAUGAAGGAAGAUGCAAAGGAAAGCAAGGUCUAG